AUGCCCUCCGCCGCCCCAAGGACGUUUCUCCCUCGGCCACAACCCUGCUUCAAUAGAGCGCCGCUUAACUCGCAAAACGAGAUCUCCAUGUCUUCUCUAGCGGAAUCAAUGUUUUCAUUCUACUACGAGGGCACUCCAGAACUGGAUGGGGAUUUGCUGGAGGAGAUGAUGUAUGACAACGGUGCUACGUUCUAUUACGAGUCCUCGUCCUCGAGUUGUGGUUCUAGCUUUGUUGAGGAUGAUGGUGGUUAUGGGGAGGAGGAGGAGGAGGAGGAGGAGGAGGAGAAGGCGGUAGCAGCAGUGAGGUUGCCAGUGGAGCUGCUGGAGGUGAUAUUUGGAUUCGUUGCGCCUGACGCCGCGGAUGAUGGGUUUGGGAGCGUGAAGGAUCUGCGGAGUUGUGCGCUUACUUGUAGAGCCUGGGCUUUCACAGCUAUACCAAUGCUCUACAGAACUCACGGGUUUGGAGUGCUAAUGCCAAUUACUGCAAGUGGUUAGUUUACUUCUUCUCUGCCUAGCUAACCACUAGCUAUUGUUGUAAUAAAUUAUUAACGUAGCUAACAACCCCGGCCAGCCCACAACCCCAGCUCGAAUUACUUCCCCACUUCCCGAUGUAUAGACUUUUACAACACACGCGCCGACCGGCGAAUGAUGCAAUUAUGGAGAACCCUGUUGCUCUCCUGCUUCACUGUCUCUGGGAAGAGUACUGAGGCCAGAAAUGCCACGUUAUUUCCUUACAUCAAUUACGUCGCGAACCUGGAUACGCGCACGCUGGUGAUGGUGCUAACGGAGAUUAUGAAGUCGCAAAGGACGUCCGGAAACAAGAGUCCUACGCUGGGCAAGAAGGCUGCGCAGUACUUUUUUGAUGGGCUGCUUGGUGGGUUGGAGGUCAGUGGCGCUUCCAGGAGGGACAAGAGGGGUGACAAGAUGGUUGUUGGAGGAGCGGAGUAUGGCUGGGCCAGCCCUGUCUAUGGAAGAGAGGUGAAGGUUUUUGUGGGGGAUACAGCGUUGAUGAUUAUGGAUUGUGGGUGUUCUUGAUAUUUUCUAUUUUGGUUGGUAGGGUAGUACUGAUAUUUGGGGCAGUCUUGUAUCCGCAUAUUCAGCAUCUCAAAGGCUUCACUAUCCCCGAGCUGGGCCAAUUGAGAGUCCACGAGCCCGUUCGAAUGUCACACCCUAUAUCUAUGAUAUAUUCCCUGCAGAAUGUCUCCCGCCUGGUUAUCUCCUCCGGGUGGAUGGUCUGUGCGGAGUUGGGUAGGGCUAUAGCUUCAAUACGGCCCACAUUAAUAUACCCCAGCACCGCGAGCCUUUCCCAGCGCCGCCGGCACUCUAACAAAUCCGAUAGCUUCUCGCUGACAAUCCUGGACUGGCGAUUUAAAACGCACUACGAUCCGUACUACAACCACGAUGAGGACUGGGAAACCAACCGCUCGGCAUAUAACAAAACCGUGUCUACGCUAGACAGCUUCUUUGAAGCCUUGAAUCCCAACUCCGUCACAUCCCUAGACCUAGACUUUGACAUCCGCUACUCUCGGUUCUCGGGCAAAGACUUGGGCAAUGGUCCAUUAGCCCUUCGCCAAAGCCGCAGUAUCAAAGCUCUAAAACUAGCCCGGAUGCGCUGCGAUAGCUUCAAACUUUGGCGAAUGUUCACCGAAAUGGGAUACGCGGGGUUCUCGCCCCAGAGCCUGAAACUGAUAAACCUCUUUGUGGAUAAUGCCUCCACUUCCCAGAGCUUUACUGGGUGGUCCUUUGCUCCCGGGUUUCUGCACAACAUGCGUGAUCUUGAAUUCACCAAGUUCGCGGGAAUGUUCGACCUUGCGGCAGCGAUUAUCCAGAUCAAGGGCGUGAAUAGCCAGCUAGAACACAGCCUAUCCCGCGGUGGGCAGCAGUCGAAAAGGGAAAAGUCCGCAAGGAUAGAUUCGCUAUCGCUCAGUUAUGACGUUAAACAAACGGAUUCCUCUAUGACAAAUUUGUUCUUGGCACCAUUGGCAUCGCUGGGCUCAUCAUUGACGUACUUGAAGCUUCAGGACAUGGACUUUGCGAAUCCCUGUCCCGGGUCGGUGUAUUACUCUCGAGACACAAUCCUGCAUCACUCGCCGCUUGAAUCACUCACCAAGUUGAAAACCUUGAUAUUGGCCGGGGAUGUGUCGGUAUUCCUUCUUAGCGACAGGCUACCAAGCGUAAUUCGCUGCAUGCGGCGGUCGAUAACCUACAUUGACAUAUGCCUCUCAACGAAAGACCUCGGGGACGCCCUUCUGCAGAAAUCCUUCGCCCCAAGCGAGAACUUACAAACCCUAAUCCUCCGGGCUUGGGAUAAACUCGUAACACUGGAACCCACCGCCACACCCAAUCCGACCCCGGGACGAGUUGUUCCGUGGAUUGAGUACCCACCCUUACUCACCAAUCGCAGGUUUUGGCAGACGAGUCUUUGGCCGGUGUGCCCGAAGGUGACAGCCGAGGGCACGAUCGGGUUCUUGGCGAGGAAACGGGGUGGGUUGAAGAAGUUUGGCUUCUCCAAGGCAUUUUGCCGAGAGGGGGGGAGGGGGCGCUGGGGCGAGGUUGCAGAGGUUAUGAAGAGAAUGGGGGGGAGGUUUUUGCCCAAGGCUGACAAGGAAGGACGGUCGUGGGAUGAGGGGUUGCCGGCAUCAGAGUAG